UCCGCGCCCUGCGCUCCCGUGCUGCAGGGAAAAGGCCCCCUCUUUCUGAUCCGCAUGUCGCGAAGGGCCGUGGUGGCUCCGGUUCCAAAAUGCAGAUAUUCGUGAAAACGCUCACGGGGAAGACUAUAACCCUAGAGGUUGAGCCUUCGGAUACGAUAGAAAAUGUCAAGGCUAAGAUCCAGGACAAAGAAGGAAUCCCACCUGAUCAGCAGAGGCUGAUCUUUGCGGGGAAACAGCUGGAAGAUGGACGCACCCUGUCUGACUACAACAUCCAGAAGGAGUCCACGCUACACCUGGUGCUGAGGCUGCGCGGUGGGGCGAAGAAGAGGAAGAAGAAGUCCUACACCACGCCCAAGAAGAACAAACACAAGAGGAAGAAGGUCAAGCUGGCCGUGCUCAAGUACUACAAGGUGGAUGACAAUGGGAAGAUCCACCGGCUGAGGCGGGAGUGCCCAGCGGAUGAGUGUGGUGCCGGCGUGUUCAUGGCCAGCCAUUUUGACAGACAGUACUGCGGGAAGUGCUGCCUCACGUACUGCCUGAACAAGCCUGAGGACAAAUGAGCCAACAGGACCCCGCCCCGCCCCGCCCCCGGAUCUCCAGCAGCCCUGCACUUUAUGCUGUAAAACCAGAGUGAAAUAAAGGGUGUGGCUGCCUGGCUGCUACCUGCUCCAAAUA